AUGGAGGAACAGCAGAGGAUCGAUCUGACCUACAUCACCGAGCGCAUCAUCACCAUAUCCUGUCCUCCUGAGUGUCCAGAGAGGGUCUACCUGCAGAACCUGCGGGAGAUCAUCGUCAUGCUGCAGUCCAAGCACGGGCACAACUACAUGGUGAGGAGGAGACACCAUGAGGUGGAUGAAGCACUCACAUCAUGCACCAUGUUAACCACAGACAGACUUUUAAAUAGAGUGUCCAAGAAAAUAUCUAGUCUUCUAUCUGAUGGUCUGGUGUAGAGGAAUCAAUACAGAUGCUGCAUAAAUUAACAAUACCAUCUGAAACUCAAAGAUCUAAGACUUUUCCUGUGUUCACAAAAGACCUUUUUCUCUAAAAUAUUGUUGACAAAUUUGUCAACCAAACCUCACAGGUGUGGCAUAUCAAGAUGCUGAUUAGACAGCGUGAUUAUUGCACAGGUGUGCCUUAGACUGGCUACAAUAAAAGGCCAAUCUAAAAUGUUAGAAAACCAGUCAGUAUCCGGUGUGACCACCAUUUGCUUCACACAGUGCAACACAUCUCCUUCGCAUAGAGUUUAUAACAUCAAUAAUGAAAAUUAAACAUACAGUUUUAUCAAAAUAGUUCACAAUCUUAAUUCUCAAGGUAACUCCAGCAGCUUUAAACUCAGAGAAAUUAAAACAACAAAAGCAAAAAGUCCAAGAAACUGAAAAAUGAGGAUAAGUCAUGACUAAAUACACAGAAAGAGAGGGAAAUCAGACACAGGUGAGAUAAUCAUGUUUGCAGAGACAGCGGCUGAAUCCUGGGCCACUAACGACUUAAUUGCCGUCACCUGGAGAGUGGUUGAAUACAUGAGACUGUGAGGACUCAAAACAGCACAAUCUUGUGUCUUUCUGUGGCAUUAAAACUUUUUAUUUUUACAUGUUUGACUCUCAUCUGUCUCCUUCAUUCUGUAUCCACAAAGGCGCAUGAAAACACUUAAAAAAUAUAUAAUUUUCCCUCCUGCUCCCCAAAAAGAUGCAGAUUUUAGUCUGGUAUUUCAGACUAAAAUCAGGUGUACAGGAGUGUCUCUGCAGUAUUUUUCAUUUUUACUGAGACAAACUUGUUUUCUUAUAAUUUCCAUGUCCUUUCCUUUGUUUCUAUAACAUCUCUUUUCCUGUCUUUUCUUCUCCAGCUCAUCAACCUCUCACAGAAGAACAACUCUCUGACCCAAAUGAACCACAAGGUGAAGAUAAAACUUAAAAUUCAAUGUUGUUCACUGUCGCAGAAGAACAUGACUCACAGUGUGUAUGUGGUUUAUGUUGAUCAGAUUCUGGACACAGGCUGGGUGGACCUCUUGGCUCCUGGUCUGGAUCAGAUCUUCAGCGUGUGCACAGCCAUGGAGAGCUGGUUGCAGACUCACCAGAAGCAUGUCCUGGUGUUACACUGCAGGGUAAACUUCACUGAGUCCUUAACAGACACACUGACUGUAGAUUCAUGCAUGACUUGUGGAGGACAGAUUUAUCUGUACUGACUCUGUGGUUUUUCCACAGGGAGGUAAAGGCCUGCUCGGAGUCCUAGUGGCUUCUUAUAUCUACUUCAGCAACAUGUCAUCCAGGUAAGACUGAAGCUAGGAGCUAAGGAUGCUAAAGGCUUCAAGUUUAGCAGCUUGUGUAACUGUUAGCUUAGCACAAAUCGUUCCAGUUUAAUCACAGUAACAACUAUAACCCCGAUAUUGUAUAAAAUAACAAUAAUUAUAUGUUAUAUGUUUAUUGCUUACUUUAUUUAGGCUACCAUCAUAGUGUGGGUGUGUUAGCAUGCUAGCUGUUGCUGUUUACUUGUUGUAAGUAGGGCCUGCAUUAGUUUUGCUGCUAUUUGAGCAAAUAUUCUGCCAAAUGAAACUUCAGGUGUGAAUUAUGAGUCAUUAUGAAAAUUCAAAAUCAAUUCCUUUAGUUUUUGUGGAUAUUUUAGUCUGACAAAUUAGCUAACCUACAGCUAAAGGUGCACUACUGUAGCAUAUCAGCUAGUGUGAUUGUGAAUUUAAGAAAAUGAAGCAGUAAAAGUUAAAAAGCAAGAUUUUUCCUCAUCCUGGAGGAAAUAUGAGGGGUGAAAAGGUCAGAUAUAGCUGCAAAAAAUGAUGUUUCAGGUCCAAAAGUGACUUUUGUGGGUGAAUUUGUGGCAGAAAUGUGCACAAAUGUGUUUUUCUUUAAAUGAUCUCGCCUGAACACUUAACUUUUUAUCUGUUUGUUUGACAGACAAUAUUUUUAGGUUCCAUCUAGACAGUAACAGUUACAGUAUUCCGGCGUAUACUGGUGCCUAAAUAUUACCAUUAACAUUCAGACCCAAUCAGCGUCCAUACCAGGAAAAAUAACUAGUCUGCCUUUUCAUUUAACAAUUAGCUUUACCUUUUCAACAGUUAUCGGCUCAGCUGCAGGUCAAUUUUGUUUCAGUUUAUCACCUUUAAAGAAUGAUUUAUCAUGAUGCUACAAGUCAGCUUGAUCUCCCACUCAGAGCCUUCAGUGGGUCAAACUUUGCACAGAUAUUAUCCAGAUCUUCAGAUUGGUAUUAAAUCCAUUUCCUUUAAAACCACCAUCAGGAACUUAGGAAGUCUAAUUCAGAUGAUUUUUAAUCUGUUUUCUUUUGUGCAGGAGGAGAGAGUUGUGGCUGUAAAGUGAGGACAGAGUCCUGAAAAAUCAGGGAUGUGUUCGCAGGUCAAAGGGCGCUGACAGAACAAAAGAUUGAUCCUCCCUAUGACUUUAGCAGGCAAAGGGCAGGACAGCUGCUGAGGAGACUUUGAACUAGACUGCUGCUUGAUUUUUAGACAGAGAUCCUGACUGAACUGACCUGUAUGUCAGGGAAAACCUUCAGUUCACAGCUCCUGUGGUUUAUGAAGCAAUGUCUAUCCUCCAUGUAUGAGAUGAGCGCUAUUUAAAGCACAUCCUUAUUUAAACACGACUAAUAUUAGAAAAGAGUGAAAGGUGAGUGACCUCUGGGAAAACACAAAAGAGGAAGAUAAGGUUCAUUUCUUCACUCUCUGUGGACACACACGUGUGUUCAUGUGUGUGUGGGCGAGUUGUUCUGACUAACUGUUGAGAAAUAUCUGACUGAGGCUUUUGUCCAGCAGAGAACAGUCUGUGUUAGAGAGUGCAGGCAUGCAAAGGUUAUGAAUGAAGCCCUUUAAAACCAUCUAAAUGUUUGGUAUUUGACCGAUAGUCCUUUUUGUUUUUUGUCUCUCAAUGUUCUGCUGCAAGUAUAGCUUAAAAAAUGACAGUAAAGUCCUCAUCCUCCUUAAUGAAAUAAACGUACUCUCUCUCUCUCUCUCUCUCAGUGCAGACCUUUCACUCGACCACUUUGCCAUGAAGAGGUUUUACAAUGACAAACUCUCCUCUGUGAUGACCCCCUCUCAAAAACGGUAAGAAGAGGAUGGCUUAUCCAGGAUUGCUGCAGGUCAAAGGUCGAGCCCUGUUGAGUUUUUAGCCUCAGGUUUGAUGUAGAGAGGGGGGAUUUCACCUAUAGACUUUUCUCUGUGGUCUCCAGGUAUGUGUGGAUGCUGGGGUCCAUGUUAAAGCGAGGGCUGAGGAUGUAUCCCUCUCCGUCUUUCCUCCUCUGUGUCGUUCUUCACAGGAUUCCCAAAUUAAGACCAGACGGAGGUGAGGACCUGAACUUUAAAAACCCUGAUACUGUAACACUUCUGUUUCUAUAAAACUCUGCCCUUCAAAAUAAGAGUCCUCUUUUUCUCACAGGCUGCUGCCUCUUCCUGAGAGUUUACCAGAACCUACAGGCUGUUUGCACAUCAGCAGUGUAGUAAGAAAACUUUAAAAUAAUCAUGAUAUGAUGUUUCAGAGGGAAAACAGCUGAUAAUGUUUGUCUUUAUCCUCCUCAGCCACGUUUACGCAGCUCAGACGGAUCAGCUCUACUUUGUGCUGCAGCCGGCUCAGCUCUUAAAAGGAGACAUCAUGGUGAGUGUGUCAGAUCAGACAGUUUUUAAGUUAUUCAGGAUUAUGAAGAGCAGAGGUGCUGGUCCAGCUGAGGAGUUCAGAUGUUCACCCUGUGUACAGAGGCCACAGCUCAUUUCAAUCUAUUUCUUAACAAAAACCAUAAAAAUCUCACAAAAAUGUCAUAAAUGAGAUACUGAUCAUUGCAUGUAAACAGAUCUUCCAGUCACUUUAUGAAUGUAAAGAUUGCUUUAGUUUCUUCUUUUUAAAAUGUUGUUUUCUCCUUAAUUAUUGUAUAAAAUAAGUUGAUUUUUUGAACACAAUCAUGUCACAAUAAAAUGACCAAAACAAGGGUCUUUAAAACUGUCAACUUAUCAACUUUUUUAUGAUUUCAGACUGGAUAGAUGAAAAUAAUUCAUAGACUGAAGAGUAAAAUUAAUGAAAAAUAAUGUUUUGUUUUAUUUUCAUGCUUAUUUAAAUCCUUGUCUUGUGAUUGGAAGAUUAUUUUUGAGCAGAAACAAAAGCCCCGCCCACAUGUUAGCUGAUAACUUUGAAGACUUGAAUAAAAAGAGGACAUUUUAUCGCACAUGUGCAGUGAAUACGUGUCCCUCUCUUCCUGGUUUCAGGUGGUUUGUUAUGACAAAAACAGCCUCUUGCUCAGCCGUCAGGUCGUCUUCCGUCUCCAGUUCCAUACGGGCCACGUUCACGGACACACCCUCACCUUCUCGAAGGCGGAUCUGGACGUGGCCUGUGAAGGUAUUUAUCACCCGCCGCCUUCGCUGCCAACUGCUGUUUCAUCUCCUAUCACUCUCUUCUCCACUCCUCUGCACCAUCAAUCUUAAUCUGUAACCGAUAAAUCCUUCAGACUCUCUGCUCUCCAAUGUAAAUAUCACACACCUGAACUGACCUUGGCCCUCUUUAUCAGCCUCGCCGCCGCCGCCGCCGCCGCUGCAGCACAGGUGUGGAGCACACAUGGAAACACGUCCAGUGUGCCAACACAACCAACCAUCCAGCUGUCUGAUUUCUUCUUCUCUGUUUGUUUAUAUUCCAGACCCUCGAUUCCCAGAAGAUGGAAAAGUGGAGCUGUUCCUCUCUGACAGCCCCGAAAAGAUCGCAGGUAGACUUUAUCCAAAAAUGUUUAACGUAAAAAAUAUGGAUAGAGAUCAGAGGAUAGAAGAGGUUUCAGAUGUUAUUCUAGAGGUUUUAAUCCAGAAACUGACAUAUGUUUGUGAAAAUAUUCAUACUUUCACACUGACUCAAGGAUGAAAAACAGCAGGUACAGAUAUAAAAAUACAAGAACAGAAAGAAAAUAAACACCGCACCUCAUAUCCAAUCCAAUUCUGCGUUGUUGCAUGACAGAGCAAUCAGACGAGAUACAGGGGGGUGUUUUAAAAAAAGCCUCAGGUCCAUUUUUUCCAAAUUCCUUAGGACUAAAGAGAAUAAAGACGUCUAAAGAGAGCGGUAAAUCCUGUCUAGCAUUUUUCUGUUUGAUAAAAACACAUAAAAAGAUGGUGUUGCAUUUAAAAAAAGAGCGUAUAUCAGUAUAUUAGCAGACAGGUUGGAGUACAACUCACAGAGAUGAUGCUAACUCCAGGGCCCCUCCAAGACCAGACUUACAUCCUUUAUUUACAAGAAUUAGGAAUAUGUUUGCAUGGACUAAACUUUAAUGUUUCAUCAUAAAAGGGAAACUUACUGUUAAACUGAGACUACAAGAAGCCGUUCAUGAGAGCACUGGUGGUUUUUGUCUUUAUUUUUAGACAACAGCAGUAGAAAAUGAGUAAAUAUGCAUGAAUCCAACUUUGUGGUCUAAAAAGUAGCAGAAUUAUGCACCACUCUGUUGACUUUUCUAAGAAAAUACACAUAUUAAGCAAUUGAAAAAUAUACUAAAAUUAUUAUUUUUUCUUUCACUUAUCUUAUCUUGCACAACAAGCACCCACACAGACAGAUUAUUUUGUCUCUGAACUAAACCAGGUUGAAUUUUGUUUGUGAUUUCCAACUGAAGCAGAAGAGACAGAGAUGACUCACUAACACACACUCACCGCUCAUGAAUGAGAAACAUAUUCAUCAAGUUCAACCAGCAGUCACCAGGCGGGGGCGCUGUGGAGCCUCCCCGUGGGAGGAGGGCGAAGCAGCCGAGCUGGCCCCCGGCACGCACAAUCACACUCCUCGCCUCUCAACGGGAAGCAAUAUGAGGGGUUAUCGCACACACACAUCUGAGAGGAAUUCAGAUAGUGAACACACACACACACUCACACUCACACACACACACACACACACACACACACACGCAGGCAGGGAAAACCAGGACACACACACACACACACACACACACAUAUACACACAGGAACCAGAAAAAAAUAUCAUUUAAACUCAUUAUCUCUGAAAUUAAACUUGAAAUCUGAUCUGGAAUCAGCUCGUGUUGUCGUGCACACAUCCGGGCCGUGCGUGUGUGUUAGUGCAUGUGUGUGUGUGUUGUUGUUGUUGUUUAACUGACUCCUGCCUCUUCCUCUCAGGCAGAGAGCUGUGGCACAACGGACACGGCGUGACGGUGGACUAUGACACCUUAGACCCUGUUGUCCGACGAGAUUCUUACCAAGACACGUCUUCAUUGGAAACAGGUGAGUUUCAUUUUUAAUAACUUUAAAAAACAAAACAAACUCUUCUCUCUUUAUGAGCAUUUCUGUGUCUUUCACUUUCUUUUCCUGUUGUUGUGAAUUCUUGUGGCGUCUCUUAGUGACUUAUUAG